AUGAUAUUAGAGAUGAUAUCACAAUUAAUAACAUUAAAUACAACAAAUAUGAAUGAAAUUAAUAAUUUAACAUCUCAAUUAAUAUCUUUAUCUUCUCUUGUUAAUGAAACAUUAUAUUCACCACUUUAUUUUAAUGAAGAAACAAUAAUAAAAAUGAAUGGUUUAAAAUCUUAUAUUAAUGAUAAAAUUAAUAAUAUUCCUAAAGGAAUAACAGAAAAUAAUAAAGUUAUUAAUGGUAUUAUUGUAAAACAAUUAAUUAAUUAUGGAAAUGAAGAAGUAAAAUUUGAAUCUGUUGUUCCUUUCACAAAUUUUAAUCAUCAUUUUUAUUAUGAUGAUAAAACUUAUAAUCUCAAACAAAAUAAUUUAUUUAUUUCAUUUGGAAGAAAAUCAAUUGAUUGUUCAGCAAUAAUGAAAUAUUGUUGUAACUCAAAUUCAAGUGAUGAAUAUGUUUAUACAUAUAGUAAUAAAAAUUAUUAUGUAGCAGAAAUAUAUUAUGUAUUUAAUCAAACAAAAUCAAAUGAAUAUGAAAUAAGUUUAUGUCAUAUUAAUUUAGAAGGAAGUUAUAAUAAAAUUAAAACAUUUGAUAAAAUUAAAGUUUCAGAUUUAGUACAAGACAGAGAAGAAACAAUUGAUGAAACAGAAUAUAUAUUACCAUCAUUACCAAAACUUACAGUAUAA